AUGUCCACGCCCUACUCAGAUUCCCCGCAGAACACGGGCUACUAUCCGACCUCAGUGCCCUCCUACGCGCAGGUUCAACAUCAGCAAUCCACCCCGGCCGCUUCCCAGGCAGCGAGCACCUCCGCGCAGCCACAGGCCGCGCAACAGCUCUCGCGCCAGGCAACCGAGGAGGCACGCAAGGACCGCACGCUUGCCGAGUUCCUCCUCAUGCUGGACGAUUACGAGCCUUUGAUACCAAACGAGGUCACAGACUACUAUCUCCAGCGUGUCGGCUUUGACUGUGAGGACGUGCGGUUGAAGCGGCUCCUGUCUCUUGCAGCACAGAAGUUUGUCUCUGACAUUGCUGCCGACGCAUACCAACACGCUCGCAUACGCGCAAAUGCUGCAGGGGGCCGUGUAAGGGCCCAGCCUGGGCCUUCUUCAGCACGAGUAGGUCUUCAUUCAUAUAUCACCGGGACGUUCAAUUUAAACGCCGUGCAGGACAAGACAAAGACGACGCUGAUGAUGGAGGAUCUCAGCGCCGCGCUCUCGGAGUACGGAAUCACUUCCCGGAAGCCCGAGUUCUAUAUGUAA